AUGGCCACCGCAGCCCAUUGCCUCAUGUGCUUCGAAGCCCUCGACGCUCAGCUGGAGGACCGUAAACCCCUCUCCCUCAGCGAGAUCGAAUCCUCCUGGGCCCUGUACACGAGCUCCGUUUCAGACUCUUCCAGUUCAGAAGCCAAAAGCCCCAUCCCCAAAGCACCAGCGCUGCGUCGCCUCGCCGACGCCGACUCCUCCGAGUCCUCGUCCUCCGCAUCACCCGCCUGGUCCUCCUCCACGCCCGCAACGUCGAUAUCCUCACUGUCGCUGGGGGCAUCCUCCGCUCCCCUCUUCGUCACCUGGAACACCGUCCGCGGAGAUGACGUCUCGCUGCGCGGCUGCAUCGGCACAUUUGAGUCCCAGCCCCUCAGCAUAGGGCUGCCCGAGUACGCUACCAUUUCGGCGCUGCACGACACGCGCUUCUCGCCCAUCUCCAAGGCCGAGCUGCCCAGGCUGCAGGCCGCUGUGACGCUCUUGACGGACUUUGAGGAGGCUGACGACCCGUACGACUGGGAGAUUGGCACCCACGGCAUUCGGCUGUCGUUUACGGAUAGAGGACAUCGUUAUGGCGCGACGUAUCUGCCUGAUGUGGCUUCUGAGCAAGGCUGGACGCACGACGAGACCCUGUACAGCCUCAUCCGCAAGGGAGGCUGGAUGGGCGGCCGGUCGAGGUGGAAGUCGUUGGAUUUGAAGGUCACGCGCUAUCAGGGGAAGAAGGCGAGCCUGAAUUACCCCGAGUUCAAAAAGUGGAAGGACUGGGUUGCCAGUAAGCAGUGA